GUUUGUUUUGUUACUGUUGUGGUUUGUUUUUUCAGAUCUGUCUUGUUACUGUUACAUUUACUGUUUGAUUCCCUCUCAGCUCUCUUUUAUCUACCUUGCAUGUAUUUUUAAGCUCUGUUAUUUGUUCUAAUUACAUGGGUGUUCUUGUCUUGAAACUUUGGGAGUGUUACAAGUUUUCUUUGGUGAUGAGACUUUAUUGGUUCACCAUUUUCUCUUCAUUGUCCUUUUUCAGUUCCUGGUAGCAUGUGACAUAAUAUUAAAUUAUCUAAUAAGGCAAAGUUUUCUGAUAAGCAUUACAACUUAUAUAAAUGACAACUUGGAUUCUUUUGCAAUGUGUUUGUGUUAAUGUGUUUAUGAGCUCUUGAGUUAUUUGUGAUUGUGUUCUGUAAUUCUUCAGCUUGAAUCUGCUUUUGAUUGCUUAAAUAAAUUCAAUUUGACUGUUGUUUGAAGGGAAAACCUACCAAAUUUGUUCAGCUCAUUUACGACUCAUUGUACUUUACCGAAAAGAGUGCAAUAGGAGUGUGCUUAUUUGUUAUAUUUUGUAGAAUGUUAAAAGGGGAAAUACCUCGUGAUGAAAAAGUUUUCUUAUUCAGUUAUUUUGUUUUCUUGUCCAUUCAACUUGUUCCAAACUCCAAACUACAUUCUUGAUUGCACAUUACGGUCGUGCUUCACUACUUUAGUAGUCAAUCUUGCUAUAGAACUCUUGACAACGUGACAAGAUGUCCUGUCUGUCGUGAUUCUCACCACUUAGCAAUGUGCAAUCAAAAGUCUCAUUUUUUAUGGCAGUGCUGCCGUGCUUUUGUUAUAUCAUUUCUAGGACCCAAUCUUGAUAAAGAAUCUAAAAAAUGUACCACAUGGUCUCUGUCUGUUGUGAUUAUCACUACUGAAACUUGUCCAGAAAGAAUAGUCCAUGUCUGUUGUUGUAAUUAUCACCACUUUUAGGAGUAAAGAAUUACGUAAGGGAGGGGAUGACAUUGUGGCACACCUUUUUGAUACUCUUGAAUUGUUAGGCUAUUCAGUUGUUGAGGAAUGAGAAACAAUCUUUCAACAUUUUCUUGCUGCUGAACAUCGUAAAAUGUUUGGGGUGAUUGAGUUACAAACAUUUGUUUUGGAGGACAAGGAGUGUGGGUAAAAUCAGGUUUGGUUCUGCCCAAAUUGCUGAAGGCUUCAACGCAAUACAGUUGUGUUAUUUGAAUCCAGCAAGCUGCUAUAUGGGCUCUGUGUUGUUGUCUCGAUAGAAUUCUUCGACUCCUCUAGGAUUAAUUCCCGAAGAUGGUGAGAUGUCAGCAAGCUUUAUUCGUAGAAAUAUUGAUUACAGUGAACAAUCAGAUAGCAGUUUUGAACUCAAAUACUUGAUUGAGCUUUUCAUUUCUGGUCUUUGAAAGUUCUGCUGAGGGCACAUUGUGCUUGCGAGGAGUAUCCACAUCGAAACCAACAUUGUUGACAGUGGAAUUUCCUUUGAGCUAAUCAAAAAGGGUAAACUUUAUAGUCGGAAUAUAAAGCAUCAAAAGUUGUGAAAAUGAAUGGAUGUGAUAAAAUUAUUUCCUUACCUGGCAAAAAGUGCCCAAAGAAUGAAGCAUCUUUUUCCAAACAAGAUUUUGCAAACAGUACAAGGGAACAAUUUAGUAAUCUUUUAGAACAGCAAAACAUAUCUGCAAAGAGUGAUAUCAGCUCAGAGGUAGAACGAGACAACAAUGAAGGAGAUGGCAGGAGAGCACUCCUAAAUUCUGGAGAAAAUGGAUUAAGUUCCAUUACACAAACGGAGUCUUCAUGUUCUAACUCAGAUGUAACUCAUCAAGUUAAUUCCUCAAGUCAGGAAACAUCAACAGAAGCCAAAACAUUCAUGCAACAGAAUGGAAGUGCUUCUGCACCGAUUAGUUUCAUUUCUAGUAUGGAAGAUCCAGUGACGAGCAGUGAAGCUUCAGGUUUGGCUGCACAAAAUUCUGUCGGUAAUGUUAAAGCUAACACUAAGGCAUUGGUGGGGAUGAUUAAGAACCAAAAUUCCUUACGUCUAUCGGCAUGCAGUCAUCAGUUGCGGAAAAAUCAUCGUGAUAAGGUUAGUGGAGGUGUUGAUUGUUCUGGUAACCAUAACUGCUCAGCUGAAACAAACAAAGAAAGCCAUUCACGUCAUAUCUAUUCCAAGGGGGAAGAAGAAGUUUUGCUGCAUCUUCAAUCAGAAAAUAGAUCGUCCUCAUUGGAAUCUGAAGAGAUGGGGGAUCCUGCAAAAAAGCUCGAGUUUAAUGGUGGCCUGAAAUCACCUGCUUGUCCACUCACAAAGUGUGAAAUAGCUCAGCGACAGACUUCAGUAGUCAAUAUGCUUGAUUUGAAUGAGGACGUCAACCAAAAUGAUUUGGAUGAUGAUGCGAAGCAAUCAAAUGGUCAAAAUAUAGUGAUACGAGUAGUAGCUAAAUAUGGAGUUCCUUUACCUCCCUUGUCUACGACUGUGAGUUCAUUGAAAUUUGAAGGCAGGCUAGGCUGGAGGGGUACUGCUGCGACCAGUGCUUUUCGCCCUGCUGCUUCUUUAUCCAAGAGUUCAGAUUGGGACACGAAAAGAAUUAUGGAGUUUGACCUUAAUGUUGCUGCUGCUUCAGAAGACGAAUUGCCAAGUGAAAAUAGGAUUACAUCAACUUUUAGAAGUUAUUCUUCAAAUCAAAGUUCAAAACAAGCAGAAAAGAUGUUUAACUUUGACCUCAAUUUGCUUGGCAAUAAUGCGGAUGAGAAAAGUUCUUUUCCUGUGAAAUCAGAAAAGUUGUCUUCAUUUUCCCUGAAUUUGAAUGAAGAUCCACAAUUUCAGAAGAGAGUAAUAGAAUCUGCAGCUUGUCCAGUCUUUUCCAGAGACGAUCAAGACCUCAAGUUUGUUAGCUUAGGUACCUGGAGAGACGUGAAGAACUUGGGCCAGCCAUUUUUAGUGGCUACACCUAAUAUGCAGCACACAGUGCAAAACAUGGUGCCACCACAGUCAAAGCUACCAUACGCGGUCCAGAUGUUACCAUCUCAUAGUAGUUAUCCCUCCAACAAUGGUCCCUUAUAUAUUGCCCCAUGCGCAAGAGAUACACAUGAAGGGGUCACAUUUCCUCAGGUACUCAAUAUGUCAACCUUUCCUGGGGGUCCGUAUCUCAUCCACAGUCAACGUCCAGGUGGCGCUAUUAACAAUCGAACAAGACUUGAUGUAAAUAGUGGACAAGUUUAUUUGAUGAAUGGUUUAAGGAAGGAUAAUAUUGCCCCACACUUCUUUCCUAUACAAAGUACAGAAGAGCAAAGGAAAGUUUACCAGCAACCGCCUAUGCCUAUGAAGAGGAGGGAACCCGAGGGUGGAUAUGAUUCUUUCCAGUCUGCUACUGCUUAUAAACAUACAAAUUAAUGCUUCUCUGAUUCUUAUCAUCCAUUUCACUUGGAAGUGCAAGCAAAUCUGUCGUUUGUGUUAUAUGCCAAUUAAUCUUAACCAAAAUACAGGACAUGCAUGGAACUACUCAUAGGUGGCUUUCUUAUAGCCCCAGUUUUUCCCACAGGGCACAAAGAACCUUAGUGUUAUCUUUUUUUGCUUCAGAUUAAUUUUUCAGUUCUGCAACUGGAUUACCUUAGUGUUAUUGUACUUGAGACAAUUUCAUAUUCUUGAAACUAUGAAAUUGAUGGUGAUACAAGCAACAUCAUUUGAAAUCUUUA